AUGGCGACUUAUGCGUCAACGUAUUUUACUAUUUCUGAUACUCGAAACCCAGUGGGACUACUAACAGGACGUGGAGGGAGGCUAUUAACGAAGAACCAAUUAGGAAACUUUUGCUGCGUGAAAAUGGCAGAAGACAAGUAUGGUUUUAUGGGUGCAAUCCAUAAGUCGACUUUGACACAAGUCAAGUGCUCAAGCAACUCUCAGAGUGUCAAUUCAUAUCAGAAUAAAGACCCUUUUCUGAAUCUACACCCUGAAGUUUCAUUGCUUAGAGGGGAGGGAAGCAAUACGGUGAACAAUCCAAGAAAAGAUAUCUCAAGUGGAAGUGUCACUGAGAGCUUAAGUGAUAAAUCUUCUCCUAGUAAUUACAGUGAAGCAAAAAUCAAAGUUAUUGGUGUUGGUGGUGGAGGGUCAAAUGCAGUUAAUCGCAUGAUAGAGAGUGCAAUGAAGGGUGUGGAGUUCUGGAUUGUUAACACCGAUGUUCAAGCUAUGAGAAUGUCUCCUGUCUUUCCUGAGAACCGCUUACAAAUUGGUCAAGAGCUUACCAGGGGUCUUGGUGCUGGUGGAAACCCAGAUGUUGGUAUGAAUGCUGCCAAAGAGAGCAAAGAAUCGAUAGAAGAGGCACUGUAUGGAUCAGACAUGGUCUUUGUUACGGCUGGUAUGGGUGGAGGAACUGGAACUGGUGGAGCUCCUGUUGUUGCAGGAGUUGCAAAGUCAAUGGGUAUAUUGACUGUUGGUGUUGUGACAACGCCAUUCUCUUUUGAGGGACGAAAGAGGGCAGUUCAAGCCCAGGAAGGAAUUGCUGCUUUGAGAGAAAAUGUUGACACGCUGAUAGUCAUUCCAAAUGACAAGUUAUUGACUGCAGUUUCCCAGUCUACCCCAGUAACAGAGGCAUUUAAUCUGGCUGAUGAUAUUCUACGACAAGGAGUUCGUGGUAUCUCUGAUAUAAUCACGAUACCAGGACUGGUAAAUGUGGAUUUUGCUGAUGUACGGGCUAUAAUGGCUAAUGCAGGUUCUUCAUUGAUGGGGAUAGGAACAGCAACUGGGAAGACAAGGGCAAGAGAUGCUGCAUUAAAUGCCAUCCAAUCACCUUUACUUGAUAUUGGUAUAGAGAGAGCUACUGGAAUUGUUUGGAAUAUAACUGGGGGAACUGAUUUGACCCUUUAUGAGGUAAAUGCUGCAGCCGAGGUUAUAUAUGAUCUUGUUGAUCCAACAGCAAACUUAAUAUUUGGAGCAGUGACAGAUCCAUCACUCAGUGGUCAAGUCAGUAUAACUCUUAUUGCUACUGGAUUCAAACGCCAAGAAGAGAAUGAAGGGAGGCCACUCCAGGCACAAGGAGACGUCACCCUUGGAAUCAAUCGACGGCCUUCCUCUUUCAUGGAAGGUAGUCCAGUCGAGAUUCCUGAUUUCUUGAAGAAGAAGGGACGCUCCCGCUAUCCAAGAGUCUGA